UCACUUAUCCCCCGCCUCAAAAAGCCAAAAACAACCAAAACCAAAUGGAGGACCCAUUGCUUAACGGAGAAGGCAGUAGUAGUCCCCGACGCCGCGGCGAUCUGUCCAGGGCCAAGAGCUUCAAACGCCGCUCCGAUGCCAUCACCUUCGGCUCUUCUUAUCAGAAAGCAGCCGCUCUCGUCGACUUGGCGGAAGACGGCAUUGGCUUACCUGAGCAGAUACUUGAUCUCUCAUCUUUUCAUAGCUCUGCAAAAUACUACUUCCUUUAUGUGCGAUUCAGCUUCCUCUGGGCCCUACUCUACUUCGCCCUCUUGAUUCUCAAUUUCCUUGAGAAACCUCUGUGGUGUGCCACGUAUACUGAUCAUACUUGCAGUGACAGGGAUUACUACUAUCUCGGCCAAUUGCCCUACUUGACUCCUACAGAGUCCCUUAUUUAUGAGGGCAUAACACUGAUUGUGCUCAUGGUGCAUAUUUUCUUUCCAAUUUCAUAUGUGGGGUUCCGUCUCUAUUGGAAUAGUCCUCUUACUCAUUUCAAGGUCAUAUGCCUGUUAAUUUUGGUUGCUGAUUUGCUGGCUUAUGUUCUCUAUUUGUCUCCAGUUGCCUUUGAUUCUCUCCCUUUACGGGUUGCUCCAUAUAUCAGAGUCAUCUUUUUCAUAUUGAACUUUAGGGAAUUACGAUCGUGCAUGCUCAUCUUGGCUGGAAUGUUUGGCACAUACUUGAACGUCUUGGGUUUAGGGCUUUUAUUUCUUCUGUUUUCCAGUUGGCUAGCUUAUGUCAUGUUUGAAGAUACUGACCAGGGGACAUUGGUAUUUACUUCAUAUGGUACCACAUUAUAUCAGAUGUUUGUAUUAUUCACCACAUCCAACAAUCCAGAUGUCUGGAUACCAGCCUACAAGGCUUCACGUUGGUAUUGCUUGUUUUUUGUUCUGUACGUGUUGCUAGGAGUCUAUUUUGUCACGAAUUUGAUCCUUGCCGUCGUGUAUGACAGCUUCAAAAGUCAGCUUGUAAAGCAAGUUUCUGAGAUGGACCAGACGAGGAAAACUAUACUGAAGAAAGCCUUUCAUUUAAUAGAAAAGGAUAACGCUGGAUAUAUCAAUAAGGACCAGUGCAUACGUUUGUUUGAGGAACUAAACAAAUACAGGACUUUGCCAAAAAUAUCAAGAGAAGAAUUUGAGCUGAUAUUUGAUGAGCUGGAUGACAGUGGAGACUUCAAGAUCAACCUAGACGAAUUCACUGACCUCUGUAACGCCAUUGCCCUAAGAUUCCAGAAGGAGGAUACUCCAUCUUGGUUUGAAAAGGUCCCUUCGUUUUACCAUUCUCCCUUCUCAGAGAAGUUGAAGGCCUUUAUUCGGAGCCCCAAAUUUGGAUACAUAAUAUCCUUCAUACUCAUAAUCAAUCUAUCUGCUGUUAUAGUUGAAACUACGCUUGACAUAGAAAACAAUUCUGCUCAGAAGGUAUGGCAAUCAAUGGAGUUUAUCCUUGGGUGGGUAUAUGUACUGGAAAUGGCUCUGAAAGUCUAUUCAUUUGGAUUUGAGAACUAUUGGAGGGAUGGCCAAAAUCGGUUUGAUUUUCUGGUCACAUUGAUUAUAGCUAUUGGAGAAACGCUAACUUUUGCUGCUCCAGAAGGACUAACUUUCCUUACAAACGGAGAAUGGAUUCGCUACCUCCUCAUUGCAAGGAUGUUACGAUUGAUUAGGCUCCUGAUGCAUGUCCAGCGUUGCCGAGCCUUUAUCGCCACAUUCUUAACUCUUAUACCAAGUUUGAUGCCAUACCUUGGGACCAUAUUUUGUGUCAUGAACAUCUAUUGUACGCUUGGUGUACAGAUCUUCGGCGGGAUUGUUAAUGCUGGAAAUGCCAAUUUGGAAGCAACAGAUCUUUAUGACAACGACUAUCUACUUUUCAACUUCAAUGACUAUCCAAAUGGGAUGGUGACACUUUUCAAUUUACUAGUCACGGGAAACUGGCAAGAUUGGAUGCAGAGUUACAAGGCUUUAACAGGAACUUCUUGGAGCCUUCUAUAUUUUGUCAGUUUCUAUCUUAUAACCGUCUUACUUCUACUGAAUUUGGUUGUGGCUUUUGUCCUGGAGGCUUUCUUUGCUGAAAUGGAUCUCGAGUCUGCAGAAAUUUGUGAAAACCAUAAGGAGGUGGAACGAGUAAAAGGCCGACAUCGAUCCAUAGGGUCAAAAUCACGGAGCCAGAGAGUUGAUACUCUUCUUCAUCAUAUGUUGAGUGCAGAGCUAAAUGAAACGCAGUCCUCCAGUGCAUAGCUUAUGUUAUUUUCCAUUAUGUUUUCAAACUCAACAUGAUGGAAGCUUGGAAGCUUGGAUGUUAGUGUAUGCUUGUAGCAGCAUAUGCUCUUCUUAAAUUAAUGACUAUCUUUCUCAAAGUUGUUGACUGUUGAUAUACAUACACAUACAUAGAAAUAGUGAAAAUGUAGGUUUUAAGGAUUCAUAUUUCAGGGGUCUAACAGCUGAAAUCCAAGUUUAAGAAAUCAAAAUUAGCCAAGCUAACAUAGAAUUUUUUAUUACAAAAAUGAGCUAUAAACUAAGGGACAGGCGCUGUAGUGUUAGGCGAGGUUCAGGGUUUAGGGAAGGGGAUCCUAUAUGUACGUUUAUCAUUCAUUGAAAUUGCCAAUUGCCAAUGCAUUACCUCAUCAUUCUGCAUGGAGGGUACCUCACCUUUGCUGGAAAGAUAAAAUUACCAGAUGUUAGUACUAACAUUUGAAGAAUGACAUUAACUUGGCUGCAAGAUGUAUCUUCUAUGUUUGUUCUUUUGGAAGGAGUCAGAUUAGUAGAGGCCAAAUUGGAUAUUAGGAAAUGGAAGCUGGAGUCUUUUGGAAGGAGUCUUUUUGAUUGUUCACCUGAUCCCAUUUUCCCUCCUGCAAGUUCAUUAUGGAAAGCUAAGGUUCCCUCCAAAGUCAAAUUUUUGGUUGGCUUGUGGCACGAGUGAGUGAAUACUUGUGAUAUACUUCAAUGUAGGAGGCCAAAAGGUUGUUUCUCUCCCCAUUGGUGUAUUCUGUGUAAAAGUGAGGGAGAGAAUCCAGGUCAUGUUUGUGUUCACUGUUCUAUUUUUGUCAAACUUAUGGAAAAAGCUGUUUAUGGAAGUGGGUUGAGCUGGAUGGUUCCAACAGAGUUAACUGGUAUUUUGUGCAGUCACCAUUCUGCUUUAGGGAAGAAGGCCAAAGUCCGUUGGAGUUGCUGUGUUUUGGGUUAUUUGAUUGGAGAGGAAUAAAGGAUUUUUGAAGACGAUCAUUCUUAUGGCCUUCCACCUCCAAUAAAUUCAAAAACUACUCUCUGCUAUUAUUCAAGACUGGAAGGCUGCUGUAGCUUAGUCUUGUGGUUUUUGUGUUUCCCAUGUUAUCUUGUCUUGCUGAUGUCUUCUUAAUUGUGCUUCUCAGUCUCGGUCUCGUCUCCUCACCUCUCGUCUUCUCCUCUCCUCUCUUCUUGUCUUGCUGAGCCAUUGGACCCCCUUAUAUUUGUUGCAAGUUGCUUGAAAAUUUGGACAUUUUCCCUCUUCUUUUGGUCUGACUGACUGAGGAUUUGACGU